ACCAAAAGGGGGAAAGCCAGCUGGAAAUGAGUGUGAAAAGGAUAAUAGAAAGAGGCACUAGGAUGGCGAGAAGAGGAGAAAAAAGAAAAGCAAAGUGGGAGAAAAGACUGCCCUUGACCUUGGAGAGCCAGAGUCUCACUGUUCCCUCCGCACAGCCUCAAACUCCUGUCUUUUCAGCAGGGACAAAGCAGAGACAAGGUGUCUGUUCCUUUGACAAGACCAUAAUCUGACCCCAAAGAUGUGCUCCGCAAACCCAGGCAACUGGGUCACUUUUGAUGACGACUCUGGUUUUCAAUCUUCUCAAGCAUCGAAGAAUCUCCCUCUGGAGAAUCAAGGUGUCUGUAGACCAAAUGGACUUAAGUUAAACCUUCCUGGACUCAAGGAAUUUCCCAGUGGAUCUUCAUCUACCAGCAGCACCCCUCUCUCUUCUCCCAUUGUAGACUUUUACUUCAGUCCAGGACCUCCAAGUAACUCUCCUCUUUCUACACCUACCAAGGACUUUCCAGGUAUUCCUGGUGUCCCCAAAGCAGUGACCCACGUGCUUUAUCCUAUUCCAGAGUCAUCUUCACACUGCCCACUCGUAAUACCAGCAGACUCCUCACUGCCUACUAACCCAACGUGUUUAUCUCAUGCUUUCUUACCCAGUGACCACUCAGCUACACACCCAGCUCCCAAAGCAGGUCUUCCAGAGGAUAUUAGCUCUCACCAGGCAGAAAGACUAGGGUUCCAAAGCAGUACUCCCCAGUUUCAGUAUUUUCGAGAGGACUAUGCCUUUUCAAGUCCAUUUUGGAAAGAGGAAAGCAGCGCCUCUCAAUUCACCUGUGACAACCCAGGGAGCAGAAAGACAUUGUCAUCAAGAGACAAGGAGCUGCCUAUUGAUCAAAAAAGCCUAAAUAAAUGUUCACUCAGCUAUAUCUGUGAGAAACUGGAACAUCUCCAGUCUGCUGAAAACCAAGACUCCUUGGGGAAUUUGUCGACGCAAUGUCUUUAUGCUGAAGACGUUGCAUCUUCCUUUGUCCCCCACACACUCUUCAGGAGUCAGCCAAGAGCCGGCUGGUCUUUAAUGCUGAGGAUUCCUGAAAAGAAGAACAUGAUGUCUUCCCGGCAAUGGGGACCAAUUUUUCUGAAAGUUUUACCUGGAGGAAUUUUGCAAAUGUAUUAUGAGAAAGGGUUGGAGAAACCAUUUAAAGAAUUACAGCUCGAUCCACAUUGCAGGCUUUCUGAACCCAAAGUUGAGAACUUUAGUGUGGCAGGAAAAAUCCAUACUGUGAAGAUUGAACACGUGUCUUACACAGAAAAAAGGAAAUACCAUUCUAAGACAGAAGUAGUUCAUGAGCCAGACAUUGAGCAGAUGCUGAAGCUGGGGUCCACGGAGUACCAUGACUUUCUUGACUUUCUGACCACUGUGGAGGAGGAGCUGAUGAAACUGCCAGCUGUUUCAAAACCAAAGAAGAACUACGAGGAUCAAGACAUUACCCUGGAAAUUGUGGACAACUUUUGGGGUAAAGUCACAAAAGACGAAGGAAAAUUGAUUGAAAGUACUGUCAUAACUCAAAUCUCUUGCCUCUGCUUUGUGAAUGGGAACAUGGAAUGCUUUUUAACCUUGAAUGAUCUGGAGCUGCAGAAGCGAGAUGAAUGCUAUUUUGAAAAAGACCCAGAAAAGAAAGGAAUUAAUAUCCUUGAUUACCAUUUCCAUAACUGUGUGAAAGUACAAGAAUUUGAGCAGUCAAGAAUCAUCAAGUUUGCCCCUCCAGAUGCCUGCCGGUUUGAGCUGAUGCGUUUCAAGACUUCGUAUGAUGGAGAUGCUCUUCCCUUUUCCGUGAAGUCUGCAGUGGUUGUCCAGGGGGCGUAUGUGGAACUUCAGGCCUUUGUCAACAUGGCCCCAUUAACUCAGAGACCAUCCUACAUGGGUUCCUUGAGGUCCUGUGAUAACAUAAUGAUACACUUUCCUGUCCCAGCACAGUGGAUCAAAGCCCUCUGGACCAUGAAUCUCCAGAGGCAGAAGUCCCUGAAGGCCAAAAUGAACCGCCGGGCAUGUCUAGGGAGUUUACAUGAACCAGAAUCUGAGCCUGUCAUCCAGGUCACUGUGGGGUCAGCGAAAUAUGAGAGUGCCUACCGGGCCGUGGUGUGGAAGAUAGACCGGCUUCCUGAUAAAAAUUCAAGUCCUGAUUAUCCCCAUUGUCUGUCAUACAAACUAGAACUUGGAUCAGAUCAAGAAAUUCCCUCUGAUUGGUAUCCAUUUGCUACUGUUCAGUUUUCGAUGCCUGACACCUGUGCUUCGAGGACCGAGGUCAGGUCUCUGGGGGUAGAGAGUGAUGUCCAACCACAGAAACACAUCCAUCUGCGAGCUUGCUACAAUAUCCAGCCUAAACUCUACAGAUCUGUAAUUGAAGAUGUAAUUGAAGGAGUUCGGGAUCUAUUUGCUGAAGAAGGUAUAGAAGAACAUGUCUUAAAAGAUUUGAAGCAGCUCUGGGAAACCAAGAUCUUGCAAUCUAAAGCAACAGAAGAUUUCUUCAGAAAUAGUGUCCAUUCAUCUCUGUUCGUCCUUCAGUUGCCACACAGCUUGCACCAAACAUUGCAAUCAUCAACAGCAUCAUUAGUAAUUCCUGCUGGUAGAACUCUUCCAAGUUUUACCACAGCAGAACUGGGAACCUCCAACUCUAGUGCAAACUUCACUUUUCCUGGUUACCCUAUUCAUGUACCAGCAGGUGUGACACUACAGACUGUAUCUGGUCACCUUUAUAAAGUCAAUGUGCCAAUUAUGGUGACACAGACUUCUGGAGGGGCAAAUAUUCUUCAGCAUCCAAUUCAGCACGUAUUUCAGCAGCUUGGGCAGCCUUCAGUAAUACAGACUGGUGUUCCACGACUGAACCCAUGUUCUCUGCAAGCAACUGCUGAAAAAGCACAGAGAAUGGACAUGGUGUUGCAACAACCUGCAGCUUUACAUUCUGGGCCAGUGGAUAAGAAACACUUAGAAAAUGCCUCCAGUGAUACACUUGUACCUCCUGGAAAUGAGCCUAAACUUGUGUCUGAAGCUUUGUUGAGUCAGCAAGGGAACUCUCAGUUUAUCAGCCUUCCAGGUGUUACAUUUCCUUCACAGGUCUCUCAAACAGAUUCUAAUGUAGAACCAGUAUUGGGUAUUUCAGAUGGCAUGACCCAAAAUCUGCAUGGUGGACCCCUGACAAUAGGCCCUCUGGGGGCUCUUCACCAGCACAUGACUGAUGUUCAGCUUCAUGUUAAGAAUCUGGUGUAUGACUGUGAAUCUGUAAAGCAACCAAGAAAUACAGAGGAGGCCAGCAGCAUAGCUGUAUCACAGAAGGGUUCUAAUUCUCAAAUGGAUUUAAGCAUUCAGGUAACUGGUGAUUAUAUUAAUGAAAUUAUUCAAAUAGAUGGGACUGAUGAUACUUCUUCCAAUGAGGAAAUAGAAAGUAUAAAAGAUGUAGAUGAGAACGAAUUUCUAGGGAUUACUGAUGCAGGAGAUCGGAAGGUACUUGAAGAAGCUGACAGUGUAUCAAAUGAAGAUUCAACUGCAAACAGUAGUGAUAAUGAAGACCAUCACAUCGACAUCGUGGAAGAGGACCCUUUAAAUUCUGGAGAUGAUGUUAGUGAGCAGGAUGUGCCAGACCUGUUUGACACGGAUAAUGUAAUUGUCUGUCAAUAUGAUAAGGUUCAUCGAAGCAAGAACAAAUGGAAAUUCUAUUUGAAAGAUGGUGUUAUGUGUUUUGGAGGGAGAGACUAUGUAUUUGCAAAAGCCAUUGGUGAUGCAGAGUGGUAAACUUUAUGAGCUCAGUACAUCAGUUUUGUAAACAUCAAUGGGACUAUAUUGCAUGUUGUUAAAUUACUGCUAAAAAAAAAUAUAUAUAUAUAUAUAGUCCAGCACAGAACUGUUCAAAUUUUCAG